UUGAGCUCCAGGAUGAACUUGCAUUCGUCGACCGUCGUGCGGGUGCUGGUAUGGCUGUUCUGCAUGUGCGGCUUCUUGUACCAAACGUCGGAGAUCAUUGAGAUGUACCGGCGAUACCCGUUCACGGUGACCAUCAUCGAGGAAGUGCGCCAGAACAUACUUUUUCCUGGACUGACCGUGUGCGUCGAAAGCUGGAUCAAUGCAUCACGGCUGUGCGAGCUGUACCCGAAAGCGUGCACUGUUGAAGCUCAGACGCUGGCCGAGGAUGUCUACCAGAUCCAGUUCGAGCCGGAGAUGCGGCAGCGCAUCGCCUUGGAGCAGCGGGACCUGUUCCGUUGCAGCAUGCGCUCCACUGUCAGCUCUUGUUUCUCCUUCAACUGCCUAGAAGUGAUGAGGAUGACGUAUUUCCGGUCUCCCGCUUCCAUGUGCUACACUGUUGACGCCAACCAGUGGGCGGACCAGAAUCACCGAUUCCAUAAAUGCAAGGUUCCUUGGACGUGGGAGCUCUCUCUUCGUGCUGCGUGGUCUCCGAGUAGAGUUCUACAGCUGCAGAGCACAGACAAGCUGCCGCUAGUCAUCCACAGGUCGGAGACGUGUCCACCAGACCGGCUGUCGUCCAUCACAGUCAAGCCAGGACUCACAUACACUGUCUCCGUGGCACAGCAAACGGUUCGCCGUCUACCACCUCCGUUCGCAUCGAGAUGUUCGGAUUACAAAGCAGCAGGAAAGAAGGACGAGUUCCUGGGUUACCUAACUCAAGACCUGUGCAUUCAAGAAUGCCUUAUAAAACAAGAAAUUAAAAUUUGUAACUGCAUCAGGCCUCUGCACGAGUAUGGCUUCAACUUUAAUGUACCGACAUGCAGCUACCAAAACACGGCCAUCUGCGACAAGCACAUUACGAACAAGACAGUAACGAAGUGCAUGAAGAAGUGUGGAGCUCCAUGCGAAGAAACGUCGUAUGAUGUGCGUCUUACAAGCCUGGGAGAGGAUCGGAAAGAGAAAGAAAGGAAUUCGUUCUCGGUGUACGUGAAGUUUUCCUCCGACUCUCAGAAGAUUUUCGAGUACCAACCAAAGCUGACGCUCAUUGAAGCGUUUGGUUACAUGGGAGGCUACAUCGGCAUGUGGCUGGGACUCUCCUUGUACUCUCUCAUCACCGAUGCAGAAAAAUGGCUGAGAGACUUUUUCCUGCGGAAAGCUCUGAAAAGAAAGGCGACCUUCGAAAUGAGCAGCGCACAGCAGCCGCGAAUUUUCACCACAAGUGACUACCCUGCUUGGAGGACAAACCCACGCCCUGGUGACCUGGCUAGCAGUAGGAAUGUGGCCAGUAGCUCGAAGGCUUUGUUACAACCUUCAUACUAG